UUCACCACACUUCGUCACCAUGGGCUUAUAUUCUUCAUAUGUACUCUCCAUCGGUUAUUUCCGCCAAUUAGACGACAGAUAGUCUUAAAAAGUUAAAAGGUUUGUUGUAUUCAAGUAGUGGCCAUCAGUGAUGGCUGACAGUGAUGGAACCCCGCAGCCUCUCGUGAAAAACAGAGAUGUUGUUGUUGUCGGCGAUUGUAGGCCCACGUCAGGUGAAAAUGAAACUUCAGGAAGUAUUACCGUGAUAGAUGACAUUCUGAGAAGAUUGGCUGAGGCAGAACACAUUGGCGACAUUGAUCUUCACCUAAGGAGGCUAAAUACUUCCUGUAAUAAAUGUAAACCAGGAGAACAGGAAAAAGCUAAAAGGUGGUUAAAAUGGGCAAAGCAGCGAGAACAUUUGAAAGUGGUCAGCACACCUGUGCCAUUGAGAAUACUACCAGAGCCGUACACUGGAGAGCUCAGUGAUGUUCGCGUGUUCACCAGACGAGGACCAGAUGAUGCCAUCUUUGAAAAGAACAAAGACAUACGGGAAAAGGUGGCCAGAGGUAAUUGUUUUCUGGACCUCUCAGGUGGACCAGAAAGGUGCAUGUGCUGCGUCGUCUAUGCCUUCAAAAAAUUUACAGGUGGACUUGGAGAUGAUGAUGAUAAGGAAAAGGGAGACAACUUUACUUGGAAGAAAUUUUUUACGAAGUCUUUGGAGGAGACAGACAAAGUCGUGUGCACAAGGAAAGCCAAUGGUGAGGCAGCUCACUUAAGCUGUUUGGAGAUUGAUGGAGAGCUCUUCAUUUGUGGAGGGUCAAAAAACGUGCAUAUGUUAAUCAGGAGAAAAGAGGAUAUUGAACUGUACAGUGGCCCUAGGUUUAAAAUAGCUAAGGAAGUGUGUGAAGCAAUAAUGACAGCUCUUGAGGCCAUGAAUGAAGAAGACAAACUCAGGUUGCUGAAGUUUCUGGCUAUCACUCGGUUCACUGCUAUCUUUGAGAUCCUCAGCCCUGCCCAUCAACAUGUGGAGAAUCUGUCACACCUCUCCAGCAGCAAGCUGGUGUUCAUAACAUGGACCAGUGUUGAUCUGGAACCCUCUGCUGACACGCAGCUGUCUCCGCUGCCUCCCCACGUGUCUAUAGAGGUGGCACGGUGUCUGGGGUUAGAGACUGUAAAGUAUGAGGUGAUCCCUUACUCUGAUGUAGAAGACAGAAUGUCUCAGGUUCGUCGUGGUUACAAUUAUGAGGGAGAAGUGUUUUAUUUUCUCGAUGGAUCAUCUAAUGUGAUUGGUCUACUCAAGAAAAAAACAGCCUGGUAUAUUCUUUGCCGAGCAAUACGAGAAAAAGCACGUGGGAUAACUGGAAUUCUAGUGAAAUCACCAGAGACUUUCUCUCUACCUGGAGCAUUGAGCAAGGUGGAAAGAAGGCUGACAGAAAUACAAGACUGGCUAGGACUAGAGGAGACCUACAUUAGUAAAUGGAAGGAACUUGGAGUGCGGUUCACCAAGUGGGUGGUGAGGAAAAUGGAGAAUGGGGAAUUAGGACCUGCUGACAUAGCUGAUCAGUUUCCCGUUACGUGGGACAGCUUUCUAAAGGAAUCUGGGCUGACUGACAACAUACAGUUUGGGGAUGGAGUCUCCCUUUGACUCCCAGAUUCACUGGAGUCCAAAG